AUGAACGGGCGAAAAUUCUGCUGGGGAAAGCUGUUUGGAUCCACAGUUGGUGAUGAAGCUACAUGGACUUUAGAGGACAAAAAAAUUAUCCAGAUAGUUCUAAUGAAAACAAAUCGAGAGGCUGGGAACUGCUGGCAGUCUCUGUUAGAAGGAGAGUAUGCAGCUGAUCCAUGGGUGCAGGAUCAGAUGCAAAGAAAACUCACACUUGAGAGAUUCCAGAGAGAGAACCCUGGAUUUGAUUUUAGCGGCACAGAGAUCUCUGGGAACUUUCAAGGUGAUGGACCAGAUUUCUCAAGUUUGCAAAAAUAA